AUGCCUCCAAUUCCUAAAUACAAACACCUAUUCGGACAUCAAAAACGUAAGAAGAGGAAGCUAGAGGAAAAGAAAAGAAAGGCGUACGAAGUAAAACAAAACCGAAUAAACAAGUUUGUUUCAAAAGAAACUCAAAAUUCUAGUUCUAACUUGGGUGACGAUAAUGUGGGUGAAGACAAUGUGAACGUAGAUGAAGAAGCUAAUAUGGGCGAAGUCAAUAUGAACGUAGGUGAAGACAAUGUGAACGUAGGUGAAGAUAAUGUUAAUGCUACCGUAGAUGAAGAAGCUACUAUGUGUGAAGAUGAUGUUAAUUCGGUUCCGGAUAUUGAUAUUUUUGAUCCUAGAAAUUGGGGUGGGCUUAGUAUUGACAUGAUUAAAGAGUGGGUUACGAAAGGUCGAAAAAGAGAUAUGGAUGUUGUUAAGGGCCCCGUGGAUAAAUUUGGAAGACAUUUUUCUAAUACCAUGCACAUUAGAAUUCUAUUAAACGGGGAGACGUGUGAUAGAGAAUGGCUAGUGUAUUCGAAAAAACUAGACAAACUCUAUUGUUUUUGUUGUAAAUUUCUUAGAACGGGGCAUCCGAAAGGUGGGUUGGAUGAUGAAGGUUAUAAGGAUUGGAGACAUGCUAGUGGUAGACUUAAAGAACAUGAAGUUGGUUUAGAACAUUUCAAGAAUAUGAAUGAAUGGUUUGAAUUGCACCAAAGGUUGAAAUGGAAAGAAACAAUUGCCAAAGUGGUAUAUGAGCAAUUUAAAAAAGAAAAAGAUUAUUGGAAACAAGUCAUUUUAUGGAUUGUUGCACUUGUGAAAUUUCUUGCAAAAUAUGGCUUAGUGUUUCGUGGGUCAAAUGAAAAGUUGUAUAAAAAAGGCAAUGAAAACUUUUUGGGUUUGGUUGAUAUGUUGGAAGAGUUUGACCCGAUUAUGAAAGAACAUGUGCGCCGUGUUUUGAAUGAAGAGUGCCAUGUACACUUUCUUGGCCACAAUAUUCAAUACGAGUUGAUACAAUUAUUAAGGGAUAAAGUUAGAACCAAAAUCAUCAAGAAGGUUAAGCAAGCAAAGUAUUACUCCAUCAUCCUCGAUUGCAUGCCUGAUAUAAGUCACCAAGAGCAAAUGUCCAUAAUUGUGAGGUAUGUGAAUUUUAACUCUAUUUCUUUGACCGUUGAGGAAUCGUUUUUAGGUUUUUUGGUUGUUGAUGAUACCACGGGUUUAGGACUUUUAGAAGUAACAUGUAAGGAAUUAGAGUCUCUUGGUCUUGAUAUUGAUGAUAUGCGUGGUCAAGGCUACAAUAAUAGGGCAAACAUGAGAGGAAAAAACAAAGGAGUUCAAACUAGAUUUUAA